AUUCUCUUGCAAUGAAUUUAUAAAAGGGAAUGAAAGCCAACGGAGACCACUUGAGGAAGAUAACGACUUUGAACUCAUCAAAGAACUCCCACCAGGAGUAUCAUUAUCAUUCACGUCCUUGUGUGUAGGAAGAAAGAGCAAGACAAAAGCAAGCCAGGGAUGGUUGCUCCUCCCCCCUGAACCUGCUCGCUUUCCCUUUUCUGACAAUACUGUCUCUUUUCCUUCUAAGACUUAAGCAGGUUGUAAUGGGAUCGCGGGUUGGCUGACCCAUACAAUUUAGGAGAAAAGCUAUCAUUUCCAGAUACUGUGUUCCUUCUUGGAUUAACUCUGUCGUAUAUAAUAUAUAUUUUAUGGGUGUGUCGGUUGAUUCUCCGGAGGGAGGGAGUCUUGGAGGACAGGGUUCUUGGAGUUCAUUGAGGUUUUUGACUAGGAGGAAGCAAGUGGAUUCUGCCCACAAAAAGACCGAGGGUCAGCUUGCCAAGGAGUUAUCUGUUCCCCAUCUGAUUGGAAUUGGUGUUGGUGCGACAAUUGGUGCUGGAGUCUACGUCCUUGUUGGAACAGUUGCUCGAGAACAUUCUGGACCUGCCUUGGCCUUUUCUUUUCUGAUAGCUGGAGUAGCGGCUGCUCUUUCUGCUUUUUUUUACGCAGAGUUGGCUAGUCGUUGUCCUUCUGCUGGAAGUGCAUAUCACUAUUCGUACAUAUGUGUAGGGGAAGGUGCUGCCUGGUUGAUUGGAUGGGCCUUGAUACUGGAAUAUACAAUUGGUGGAGCAGCUGUUGCUCGUGGCAUAUCUCCUAACAUGGCUGCAUUUUUUGGAGGCAUGGAUCAUUUGCCCUUCUUCUUAGCCCGCCAGCAUAUUCCUGGUACUGAUAUUGUCGUGGACCCAUGUGCUGCAAUUAUGGUACUAAUUAUUACGGGACUCUUGUGCGUUGGCAUCAAGGAGAGUACAACCGUACAAGGCAUAGUCACAUCGGUGAAUGUGUGCGCCUUGAUUUUUGUAAUAGCAGCUGGUGGUUACUUGGGAUUCAAGUCUGGAUGGGUUGGAUAUGAACUUCCUUCAGGUUACUUUCCCUUUGGGGUUGAUGGAAUGCUUGCUGGUUCAGCAACAGUUUUCUUUGCAUAUAUAGGUUUUGAUUCUGUUGCCAGCACUGCCGAAGAGGUGAAAAAUCCUCAACGAGAUCUGCCGCUGGGUAUUGGGGCUGCACUGUUUCUUUGUUGUGCAUUGUAUAUGAUGGUCUCCAUCGUUGUCGUCGGCUUAGUACCUUAUUAUGCAAUCAAUCCUGACACCCCCAUAUCCUCUGCAUUUGCAAACCAUGGGAUGCAAUGGGCAGCUUACAUAAUAAACGCAGGAGCUUUUACAGCUCUCUGUGCAUCAUUGAUGGGUGGUAUACUCCCCCAGCCUCGUAUUUUGAUGGCUAUGGCAAGGGACGGGCUGCUGCCACCGUUUUUUUCAGAUAUUAACAAGUUCAGCCAGGUUCCUGUUAAGAGCACAGUCGUUACCGGCCUUGUAGCUGCAAUCUUGGCAUCUUUAAUGGAUGUCUCUCAACUGGCUGGGAUGGUUAGUGUGGGUACGCUUCUUGCAUUCACCAUGGUUGCAAUAUCUGUAUUGAUAUUGAGAUAUAUCCCUCCAGAUGAGGUCCCAUUACCACCUUCUCUCCAGGAAUCAAAUAAUUCAGUACCAUCAAAAGACCGUUUGAUUGGUGAUGACAGAUAUGGUGAAGAUGGAGAGGCAAAUAUUGGUAUUUCUAAGGACAUCAAAGCUGUGGUUACCAAAGAGGAUAUGCCAAUCAAUUGUCCACUUAUUUCUCGACAUUUUGCCAUAGGUAACUGCUUAGAUGAAAGUAAUAGGAGAAAAAUCGUUGGGUGGAUCAUAACACUCACAUGCUUAGGGGUGUUUAUUCUCACAUAUGCAGCUUCGGAUUUAAGUCUUAUCAGAUCUGUUCGUUUCAUGUUUUGUGGUGUGGGUGGCAUUCUUGUUCUAUCUGGUCUCAUCUUCUUAACCUGUAUAGAUCAAGAUGAUGCAAGACACAGUUUCGGGUACUCUGGAGGUUUUAUUUGCCCGUUGGUGCCACUGCUGCCCAUAGCUUGCAUUCUCAUCAAUUCCUACUUGCUUAUUAAUCUUGGAGCUGCUACAUGGGGUCGUGUGUCAAUAUGGCUUGCCAUGGGAGUGCUUGUUUACGUGUUCUAUGGCAGAACCCACAGUUCUCUAAGAGAUGCAGUUUAUGUUCCUGUAUCUCGUGCGGAUGAAAUGUAUCGUACUUCCACAAGCUGUCUAGCUUAAACUCUGCAUGGGAUUUUUAGCCAAAACCCCAAGAAAAAAAUUCUUCCCCGCGAAGUGCAACUGUAAUUCCUGUACAGAAAAUGCAUCUCAAGCUGUUUAGCUCGGUAAUUAAUAGUUUUAUAUUUUAGAAAAUGUGUGUGUUCUAAAUUUUACAUUUAUGUCUUACCGUGGGUGGGGUGAAGUUGCGAGAUUGCUCAAACAAUGUAAAUAUAAUUUGUAAAUUCAAAUUGGGUUUCAUUCUUCA